AUGUCGUUGUUCAAGGAUCCCAAUGCCUUUGCUGACCCGGAGGACUCCCAAUUGGUGAAGGAGAACAAACAGUUCAUCCCUGAUCCUCUCACCUACUCGUACACCGAGAGGGAUGUGAUCCUCUACAACCUUGGAGUUGGGGCUACAGAGAAAGAGCUGAAGUGGACCUUCGAAGGAGACGAUGAGUUCCAAGCCCUCCCGACGUUCGGUGUCAUUCCCCAGUUCCCGUGCAUGGCCGCAGUUCCUCUGGAUUGGCUGCCCAACUUCAACCCUGCUAAGCUGCUUCACGGAGAGCAAUACUUGAAUAUCAAAGCUCCCAUCCCCACUAGUGGAGAACUUGUAAAUGAAGCUAGGAUACUGGAGGUCCUCGACAAGGGCAAAGCCGCAGCUGUGACAAUGAUCGUCGAGACGCGCGACAAGGUCAGCGGCAAGCUCAUCUUCGAGAACCAGUCGACGGUGUUCAUCCGCGGUGCUGGAGGGUUUGGUGGAAAGCGUGCAGGCUCCGACCGUGCAGCUGCAACAGCUACCAAUGCUCCGCCAAAACGUGCCCCCGAUGCUGUUGUUGAAGAGAAGACGACGGAAAAUCAGGCGGCUUUGUACCGACUGAGUGGUGACUCGAAUCCUCUUCAUAUUUUGCCCGAGUUCGCUGCCAUCGGAGGAUUUGACAAGCCCAUUCUGCACGGCCUAUGCUCGAUGGGUAUCGCAGGAAAGCACGUCCUCAAAACAUACGGUCCUUACAAGGAUAUUAAAGUUCGAUUUGCCGGUGUCGUUUAUCCUGGAGAGACCAUCGUGACGGAAAUGUGGAAAGAGGGCACAAAAGUCAUCUUCAGUGCCAAGGUGAAGGAACGCAACGCUGUCGCACUAGCUGCUGCUGCUGUCACUCUCGUGGAUCCUUCUGCAAAGGCAAAGUUGUAG